AUGGUUGCUCAGGGUUUCACUGUGGAUCUUAAUAAGCCCCUUGUAUUUCAGGUUGGUCAUCUUGGUGAUGAUUAUGAGGAAUGGGUUCACCAACCCAUAGUGUCAAAGGAAGGCCCUCGGUUUUUCAAGAGUGACUUUUGGGAGUUCUUGACCCUUACAAGAUGGUGGGUGGUUCCUGUAAUUUGGUUGCCAGUUUCACUCUGGUGCAUCUCCAUGUCAGUAAGCAGGGGCCUUUCACUUCCAGAAAUCGUCCCAUUGAUAGCCUUGGGAAUAUUUAUCUGGACGUUUAUUGAAUACACUCUCCACCGUUUCCUUUUCCACAUAAAGACGAAGAGUUACUGGGGAAACACGGCACACUAUCUUCUCCACGGAUGCCAUCACAAGCACCCAAUGGACCACCUUAGACUCGUCUUUCCCCCUACUGCAACAGCGAUUUUAUGCUUUCCUUUCUGGAACCUUGUGAAGCUAUUCACAACUCCUUCAGUCACACCAGCGUUGUUUGGAGGCGGCAUGCUCGGGUACGUGAUGUACGAUGUCACUCACUACUACCUUCACCAUGCCCAACCAACCAAAGCAGUGACGAAAAACCUCAAGGAUCCAAGACAAGGGAUUUGGUAUAACAUCGUCACUAUGGGACAUAGUGUUUGGGACACUUCCCACCACAAAAGCCCCCAAAGGAAAGCAAUAGUUCGAAAGCAUUCAAGAACACCUACUAACGUACAUAAAACCAACACUCGCUCACCGACCCGCGUCAAGAUCCAAUCGCUGGCGCUUUCUCUAAUCGCUCCGCCUGGCGACGAGUUUCCAGAAUCGGAGGAAUCUCCUGCUAUGGCGGUUAAUGAUCCGCCACAUGAGCUCGCUUCAGGGAGCCCUUGCUGCCUCGCGUGGCAACGGAAGUACCUAGGCAUGAAGAAUAGGCGUGAUGCUUGUAAAGCAUCGAUAGAAAUCCUCCAGAAGGCCAUGGGAAUCGUUAAUGAUGAGAAAACUAAUCUCCGGAAAAAACUUGGGGAGAUGGUGGAUAACACGAACACUAAUCAAAAUGUCUCAGUGGUUAACGUAUCUUUAGAAAAGGAGAUCUUCGAUUUGAAGUCUGAGAUAUUGUCUUUGCAACAAAAAUUGGAGCGGAACCAUCAAGAAAAGAAUGAAGGAAUAAAAAUUCUUCAGGAUCAAAAAUCUGGCGGAGAAAAGGAGAUCAGUGAACUUAAGAACCUCCUUAAGAUAGAAACGUUACGGGCAGAUAAUUCUGAAGAAGAGAAGGAACAGAUUUGUAAAGAACUGAACAAGACAAAGGCUCUGCUGGUAAAAUAUAAGGAUAUGAAGCCACACGAUUCUAAAGUGGAAAAGGAAAUAAGUCUGGUUAAAAAUCUUCUUGCAAGCCAGAGGCAAGAGACAGAGUCAGAGAGGAAGAAGGCAGAAUCAGAGAAAAAGAAAGCUGAUCAGUAUCUUUCCUCGUUGGAGGUGUUGAGAACUACAGCUCAUAAGACUAGUUCUGAUCUGCUUACUUUGACUUCCAAUCUUGAGGCUGUAAAAAAGCAGCUUGAAUCUGAAAAACAAAAGACUUUGAAAGAGAGAAAACGUGCAGAUAUGGAGAGUGCAAAAGCUAAGGAACAGAUGAAGCUGGCAGAAGGCUUGUCUAAGAAGUUCGAAAUCAUUAGGACUAGAAAUGAAGAGCUUAAGAAAGAGGCAGAAUUGCAGAGCGCUAGCAGCAAAGUAAAGUUCGCUGAAAACUCGGCAAAACUGGAAGAACAGAUAAGGCUCCUUGAGAUGAAUCAAAAAUCAGCCAUGGACUGGAAAUCUCGUGUUGAUGAUCUGUCUCAGCAGUUGCAAGAGUCGCAUUUAGUGACUGAGGGUUUGAAAAAACAGGUGCAUGAGCUUUCACUCUCCCAAAAGAAGUCCGCUGAGACUCACUCAGUUUCUCCUCAUAACGCCAGAGAUCUGGAUAAGGCUAAACUGAGGCUUUUGAAGAAAGAGCUGAAGUUUGAGAGAAAAUGUGCAAAACACUCCGAAAGAGUGGCCGAGUAUGAAAGAAUUCUAAGGGAAUUUCAGGCCGAAGAGAUAGGUGAGUUAAAACUUAAGUUUGGUAGCCUCACAAAUCGCAUGAGUCUACUGGGUGAGUAUUUUUCAGGAGACGUUGAAGGUACAGCUGGUUUUGCAAAGGCGGAGGGCCGCAUGAGAAUGCAGAUGCUAGAGUCCAAUAAGAACCGUAAUGGCAAAAAUCAUCCUGGCGCAAAGUGCCGGUUAGUAGCAAGCUCUGGUUCUCAGGAGGAGGCUCGCAAGCUCUCUACCCAGUUAGUUGCUAAAUCCAAACAGGGUCUGAGUGGGCCUGUAUCAGGGAACAGAACACUUCACUAUUACUACUACAGCGGAAAUAGCAGAAGGUCAACCGGAUAUCCAACCAACAAAAUCAAGUACGUUCCAGAAAAUCGAUACCAGGAGAAAAGGAAAUCUCUGUCUGGUGGCUGA